CCGGCUUGACCCACAGACGCGGUGACCGCCGCCUCCAGCUCGCGCCGCUUCCUGCUCGCGCUGCGCCCCUAGGGUCCCUCCCGCCCCAAGAGCCCACAGCCGCGAUGGAAACGGUCCAGGAGCUGAGUCCUCUGGCCAAGGAGAUGCUGGGCCAGAAGCCCAAGGGGAAGUUGGUGAAGCUGUAUGUGCUGGGCAGCGUGCUGGCCUUCUUCGGCAUUGUGCUUGGCCUGGUGGAGACUGUGUGCGCCCCCUUCACGGCCGCCAGACGCCUGCGGGACGAGGAGGCCGCCGUGGCCUCGCUGCAGGCCGCCCUGGAGCGACAGGCCCUCCGGACACAGGCCUUGCAGGAGAAAGACAAGCAGCAGGAGGCCGUGCAGUGCAGCCGGGGCCUCUCCAAUAGGCAGCACGCCUCCUAGGGACCGCGGAAGACCAGCAGAGGGAGAGAGAACCGGAGCCAGCCAUACGCUGUUUGGACUUACUUCUGAGAACUGACCAAUCACACGAUUCCACCAAAAGAGUUCGGGAUUGAGUUUUGCUGCUGUGCAGCAGUGCAGAGGGAUGGCAUGUCCAAAACUAUGUAUUUUUGAGGUACCUGAGUGCAUCUUCCAUUUUGCACUAGGGAAGAAGGAUGGGAAAUGCUUUUUAUAUUACUAUUGUUGUUAUUAUUAUUACAAUGA